CAGAAGCGAGCCUGGGAUGGAAAGGAAGGACCCAGGAUGCACCGCGGCAAUGUCUAGUCGGAGGACCCCGGCUGAAUGUGGCCUCAGAAAAUGCCUGACUGAAAUUAUCAGAAGAAGCAAUGCAGAACAAAGAAAUUACAUAUUUUUCUUAACACACAGUGAGAUUCGGGCCGUGCUCUCUCAACCCUGUCUGUCUGCGCUCAGCUCUGAUUGGCUGAUUCGGCCGUCUGUCAGGGGGGCUUACAGACGGUGGGCUGAUUAAAGUAGAUUAUGAGGGGGAGAGAGGGAGAGAGUGUGCUGGCAUCACACUCCGCUCACAAUAGCGAUGGCUUCACCAUGGAAACACUGCUGCAUCCUCCUCCUCUCUCUCCUCAUCCUCCAUCUGCAGUCGUCUACCUGCCUCGACAGACAGCCUGCUGACAGUGCUGCUGUCUCUCCAGUUCAAGAUGGAGGGAUGGCACAGAGUGAUGGAGGGAUGUGGGUGGAGCAGAGUUUGAUACCUGCAGACGAACCGUCCAGACAACAGCAGUCUCCAGAUGUUUCACGGAGGAAGUUGCUUCAGGCGCCAGGAGCUGCUCUUCCCUUCCCUCCUCUCAAGGUGUUUUCCGACGGGCAGCCGUGCGUCCUGUUCCAGGCCAGGAAGUUGUCUCUCCGAUAUGAGAGGCAGAAGCAGCUGGACCUGACGGAGAGAACCUUCUCCCCUCAGAAACCCAUCGACACCAGCCAGUCUGUCUGCCGCCAGGACAAGGCCACGUUGGUCAUGAGGUUUGGAGAUGUGGAGGAUUUGCGAGGCCUCUCCAUCAGACUGCAGAUGUCCAACACUUUCUACGAGUCUUCAGGUCAGUGGUGGUUCUCGGUGGAAAGUGUGUCUCUGCUCUACAACAGCACUGAAGAGGCCGUGUUCAACGCCAGCGAGGUGUACGCUCCAGCCUCCUCCUCCUACCACUGCAUCCACGUCAGCAGCCUGCAGCGCUACAGCGCCCUGCUGCUGCCCAGCUCCGAGCCCGCCCGCCGCUGGGCCAUCACCUUCACCAACUUCCAGAUUCAAGCGUUCAACGUCACCUCUGGUAAAUUUUCCCCUGCGAGCGACUGCGCCACCUUCCUGACUCCGGCCAUCCUGAUGGGCCUCAUCACCUCCCUCAUCCUGCUGCUGGUCCUGGCCUACGCCCUCCACAUGGUCAUCCACCUGAAACACAUCGAGCACGACGACGAACACAAGGCCGAAAUCUACUACCCUCAAAACCCUGACCAGCCUGAACACUGCUGUGUGGAGAACAUGGCUGAGAAAAAUAUUCUGUACUGUAGCCAAGAAAAUAAUUAGAGACUUUUAAUAGAUAAACAUUAAAAAAAAGAGAUGCAGAUGAUUUGAUGCUAAAAACUGGCAUCAACCCUCUGAUGUGAUGAGAUACUUUGAGCUCAGGCUUAGAUUUUUUAAAUAUAUAUUUAUAGUGUUUGUUUUUUUUUAAUUUGCCCAUUAGUGAAUUUCUGUCUUUGUCUUUUUAACAAAUUUAAUAAAAAUACAAAUAAAAAAUUAUAUUGUGGAUUUAUUAUUAGAUGUAGGGCUGCUGCUGCUCUGUAAAGAAGCUCUCAUCUUGUGCUCACAUAGGAAAAUUAAAUUUAAAUUUGAUUAAAUUAAUUAAAUGUCACAGUCUUCUAUACUGGCAGCAGAACCAGUAGGUUUAUUUUAUGUGGGGGCAUUUAUCAUCUCUCAAAAGAAUUAGAUAAAACAUUUGUGAAUAAAUACCGAACAAAAUUGCAACACCAAAAUUGUCAAAUACUCAACAUUUGUUUUUAAUUAGCUCAUU